AUGAAUCGCUCGUUUCUCCGUGCGGCAGCACGCUCCUUUAAGGCUGAUCGUCUCCCUGUUGCCCGGCGGUAUGCAUCUUCGUCUGCCGUGUUCAAUUGGGAGGACCCUCUCGCCGCAUCGGAGCUGUUCACCGAAGAAGAGCUGGCAAUUCAGGAUACAGCACGUCAAUAUUGCCAGGAUAAAUUGAUGCCACGAGUUUUGGAGGCCUACCGCAACGAGGAUUAUGAUCGUCGAAUUCUUGAAGAAAUGGGAGAACUCGGUCUAUUAGGCGCUUCCAUUGAGGGUUACGGAUGUGCCGGUGUUAGCACUGUGGCAUCUGGACUGAUCACCAAGGAAGUAGAGCGUGUUGACAGUGGAUACCGAUCGGGUAUGUCGGUACAAAGCUCGUUGGCGAUGACGGGAAUCUACGAAUUCGGCACAGAAGAGCAAAAGGAGCGCUUUCUUCCCGGUCUCGCACAAGGGAAAUUGGCUGGCUGCUUUGGAUUAACGGAACCAAACCACGGCUCCGACCCAGGGUCUAUGGAGACGGUGGCACGCGAGCACCCCACGCAAAAGGGAAUGUACCUUUUAACCGGUAGUAAGACAUGGAUCACCAACUCACCUAUUGCGGACCUACACCUUGUUUGGGCGAAGCUGGAUGGUAAGAUUCGUGGAUUUGUGAUUGAAAGAUCCAAGUGCCCACCCGGUACUUUCGAGACCCCAGCCAUCAAGAAUAAGAGUGCGCUCCGCGCAUCAAUUACAGGAAUGAUCCAAAUGGACGAUUGCCCUGUUGCCGUGGAAAACAUGCUCCCAGACGUCGAGGGCCUGACAGGUCCAUUUACCUGUUUGAAUAGUGCGCGCUUGGGAAUUGCAUUUGGUAGCAUGGGUGCGCUAGAAGACUGUCUCACUCGUGCGCGGGAUUAUAGCCUCGAGCGCAAGCAGUUUAAAGGUAAUCCGCUAGCAAAAUACCAGCUUAUCCAGAAAAAGCUGGCGGAUGCAGCGACAGAUGCAGCCUAUGGAACACUGGCCGCUGUACAGGUGGCUCGUCUUAAGGAUGCUGGAAAGGCUACGCCAGAGAUGAUUUCGAUGAUCAAGCGUCAGAAUUGUGAUCGAGCUUUGCACAAUUCCCGGAUCUUGCAAGAGGUGUUUGGCGGCAAUGCUGCCAGUGAUGAAUACCACAUUGGGCGCCACGUCGCCAAUCUAUUCGUGGUACAGACAUACGAAGGUCAAAGUGAUAUCCAUGCGUUGAUACUAGGCCGGGCCAUUACUGGCAAGCAGGCAUUUGUUUAG